AUACUCGCUUCAGUCUCACUAAUCCCUCUGCUUCCUUCGUUUCCUUCAUCUACCUUUAACCUUCCCGUCUUCAUCCUCCGACCUCUAAAACCCCCAAUACUCACAUAAAACCCUAGCUCUAAAUCCUGCCACUUCGCUUCUUCUUCUCUCUUCAGCCCCAAAGCAGAAGGAGAAACCCAAAUCAACUUUCAUGAAACCUCGAAUCGCUCUGUAAUCGUCGAUCUUAAUUAGGCUUGGCGCGUCGGAUCCAUGGAGAUCUCACGCCCAAGCCAUCGCCUCGACUUUUCCGGCCUUCCGGUAAAGUACUCCGAGUAUUUUUCAACAAUUAAGAAGAAGACGAUGGUCGCCGGAAAACCAAAGAGAAUUGAUCGCAGAGUUGUUCGGAUCUUCUUCACCGACGCCGACGCGACCGAUUCGUCUUCCAGCGACGAGGAAGUUGUAAACCCUGCUCCACGGCGAGUAAAGAGGCAAGUAUACGAAAUCGGUUUCCAGGUGGGUUCAGUAUCGCCGCGGGCAAAUACCACAACGGGUGCUGCUUCACCGGAAACCAACUAUUCAAAGAGAUUCCGUGGAGUUCGCCGGCGGCCAUGGGGUAAAUGGGCGGCGGAGAUCCGAGAUCCGAAUCGAAGGAGAAGGAUUUGGCUCGGGACGUUUGAUACGGCGGAAGAGGCGGCCGCCGUUUACGACUCCGCCGCCGUCAUGAUCAAGGGAGAAAGAGCCGUCACGAACUUUCCGCUUUGGAAGGUACCUUCGCCGGCGUUAAUUGAUUGUGAGGCGGAGCCGGAGAAGAUCGUCCACGAACCCUCCUGCCCCUUUUCAUCUCCGACCUCCGUGCUUCCCUGCGCGGUCGAGCAGACGCCGUUUGAUUCUUUCUGUUACGGCGACGUCGACGUGUUCGGCGUUAGCGUGGGUCCGCCGUUAUAUUUAACGGAGUUUUGCAUGCCGAAGCGGCAGUACUGGGAAGUCGACUUGGAUGAUUUUAGUGCUGAGGAUUUUUCAAUGGAAAUCGUUACCUAAUGCGUGUGAAAUGACAAUAGUACCCCUGUAAUGUAAGAAGAAUAUUUAAAAAAUCCUGAUCAAAUUAAAAAUAAUAAUAAUAAUUUAUUUUGCUAUAAA